AUGUCUGCCGCCGCCCUCUUCCGCCGCGCCGCCGCCGCGCCACGCAUCGCCCGCGCCUUCAGCACCUCCCCCUCCCACAACGUCGCACGCAUCACCAUCGUCGGCAACCUCGCUGACACCCCCGAGCUCCACCCCACCAGCACCGGCCGCGAGAUCCUCAAGUACGCUGUCGCGAGCAACAGCGGCCCCAAGGACAACCGCCAGACCAGCUGGUUCCGCGUCACCAGCUUCGAGCCCGAGGGUCCCCGUCGCGACUUCCUCCAGAGCCUGCCCAAGGGAUCUCUCGUCUUCGUGGAGGGCGACGCUUCCAUGAGCACCUACCAGGACGCUGAGGGCAAGACCCGCAGCUCCCUGAAUGUCGUCCAGCGCAACAUCGAGAUUCUCAGACGCCCCCAGACCGGCACCAACGCCAGCGAGUAA